GUUAUUAAUAAGAAAAUAGAUAGUAUUUAUUAGUUGGUGGAUCCUAGCUGGUUUGGGGCAAUACGAAGCCCAGCUUAAAUCGAGUCUCUGUCGUCGUCGUCGUCGCUGGCGGUUUCAGACGUUGAGCGGCGACGAGCGCUGUGUCUAGGGUUUUCUUCAUCUCUGAUCAAAUUAUAGCAUAUCAGAAGAACAAUAACAAUGGUUGCGUCACAGUCCGAGAGAGAAGGCAGUGUUUCCCUCGAACUCGGAAGAAAUCCGUCAAAGUAUGGAAGUCGGCGCGGUGUUACGGAUUAUAACUGCGGAAUCAGUUCAAUGGAUUAUUACAAAACUUCGAGCUAUCUUUAACUGCUAGCGAUGAUGAAUCUAUAUGCCUUUAUGAUGUAUCCACUGCAACGAGUUUGAAGACAAUUAAUAGCAAAAAAGUAUGGGGUUGAUAUUUGUUUGCUUUACUUCUCAUCCUACAACAGUUAUAUACUCUUCAAAAAAUGGUUGGGAUGAAUCUUUGCAGUUUCUGUCUUUGCAUGAUAACAAGUAUUUGUGAUAUUUUAAAGGUCACCAUGACAGGGUUGUUUCACUUAGCCUGUGCCCUUGCAAUGAAUGCUUCAUUUGAAUCAUUUCUAGUUCUCUUGAUUGAACUGUUUUACUCUGAGAUCAAAGAGCUGAGAAGUGUCAGGGGCUUUUACACGUACAAGGAAGGCCUACCACAGCAUAUGAUGAUCAAGGGCUUGUUUUUGCAAUUGCCUUUGGAGGCUAUAUAAGAAUCUUUGAUGCUCGAAAAUAUGAAAAGGUUAGCAGUAGAUAUGUGAGACCACUGGGGUUUAGCUGUUCUGUAGAUGUUUCAUUUGAAUGUUAAAAAAUGAAAACAAAAUAAAAUGGGCAUGUAAUGGACUAAUGGUUGGGGAAUUGUGAAUAUAAUCAAGGUGUAUUGACAUUGUUUCUGUUGGAAAAGACACAUCUAAUGCAAAAAUUUGAAUCUAUUUAGGGUCCUUUUGACAUCUUUUCUGUUGGUGGAGAUGUAUCAGAUACUAAUGUUGUAAAAUUCAGCAAUGAUGGAAGACUUAUGCUUGUGACAACAAUGGAUGGGUGUAUUCAUGUAUGUACUUGAUUCAUUUCAAGGCACACUUGUGAGUAGUUUCACCCUGAACUUUUUACUUCUUUUUAAGGAAGAUCUCCCUUAUUGAUAGACAUCGUGAUAACUAGUUCAUAUGUACUUGAACUUAUUAUUAUGUUUUUUUGUCAUUGUUGUUUUUAGCUAUCCACCUACAAUGUGAAGCCUGUUUCUAGCAAUUCCACAUUGGAGGCAUCUUUCAGCCCUGAAGGAAUGUUUGUAAUAUCAGGUACUGUAUUUCCAAGGUGCUAUUUCAGACCAUUUUUCUAGGUAAUAGUAACUUCAAUAUUUUGUUAUCUGCUUUACUGUUCUUGUUUCAUUUCUACAUCUUGGGAAGGAGUGAUGAAUACCAUUGUGUUGAUGAAUCACAAUCAGCUCCAGAUAUGAGGCCUUAAGGACUUGAUUUUGUGGAAUUUCGGUCAUAAGAUUCAUUUAAGCCAGGAAGGAAAAAUAGCCUUUA